CCUCUCUCAAACCCGCCCUCUCUCCCUUGGCCUCGCCGCAGACCGAGCUCUCGGCGCUCUACAUGAAGUCGGGCCUGAAGAACGUGGGCAUCAUGUUCCUGAUGACGGACGCGCAGGUGGCCAACGAGCACUUCCUCGUGCUCAUCAACGACAUGCUGGCCUCGGGCGAGAUCCCGGACCUGUUCCCGGACGACGAGGUGGAGAACAUCAUCGCCGGCGUUAGGAACGAGGUGAAGGGCUCCGGCCAGCUGGACACGCGGGAGAACUGCUGGAAGUUCUUCAUCGAGCGCGUGCGGCGGCAGCUCAAGGUGGUGCUGUGCUUCUCGCCGGUCGGCUCGGCCCUUCGGGUCCGCGCGCGCAAGUUUCCCUCCAUCAUCAACUGCACCGCCAUCAACUGGUUCCACGAGUGGCCCCAGGAGGCGCUCAUGUCCGUGUCCAUACGCUUCUUGGAGGAGCUGGAGCCCCUGCCGGAACCCCUCCGGGACUCGGUGGCUCGCUUCAUGGCCUACGUGCACACGUCGGUGAACCAGGCGUCCCGCCAGUACCUGCAGUCGGACCGCCGCUACAACUACACGACGCCCAAGAGCUUCCUGGAGCAGAUCUCGCUCUACUCGCGCCUCCUCACCACCAAGAACGCCGAACUGGCGGCCAAGGUGGCACGCCUGGAGAACGGCCUGGACAAGCUGCGCUCCACGGCGGCGCAGGUGGACGACCUCAAGGCCAAGCUGGCCGUGCAGGAGGUGGAGCUUAAGCAGAAGAACGAGGCGGCCGACGUGCUCAUCGAGAUCGUCGGCGUCGAGACGGAGAAGGUGUCCCGCGAGAAGGCCGUUGCCGACGAGGAGGAGUCCCGGGUCGCCGAAAUCGCCAAGGAGGUGGCCAAAAAGCAAUCGGACUGCGAGGAGGACCUGGUCAAGGCCGAGCCCGCCCUCGUGGCGGCGCAGGAGGCGCUGGACACGCUCAACAAGGCCAACCUCACCGAGCUCAAGUCGUUCGGGUCGCCGCCCGGCGCCGUCACCAACGUCACCUCCGCCGUCAUGGUGCUGCUCGCGCCCAACGGCAAGAUCCCCAAGGACCGCUCCUGGAAGACGGCCAAGAUCAUGAUGGCCAAGGUCGACGCGUUCCUCGACGCGCUCAUCAACUACGACAAGGAGAACAUUCACCCCGAGAUCAUGAAGGCCAUCCAGCCCUACCUCAAGGACUCCGAGUUCGAGCCCGAGUUCGUCCGGAGCAAGUCGGGGGCCGCGGCGGGUCUAUGCGCGUGGGUCAUCAACAUCAUCAAGUUCUACGAGGUGUACUGCGACGUGGAGCCCAAGCGGCGCGCGCUUGCCGCGGCCAACGCCGAGCUCGCCGCCGCCCAGGACAAGCUGACCGUAAUCAAGCGCAAAGUGGCGUCACUCGAGGAGCAGCUCGCCACGCUUACGGCCGACUUCGAGCGCGCCACGGCCGAGAAGCUCCACUGCCAGGAGCAGGCCGACGCUACCACCCGCACUAUCCAGCUGGCCAAUAGGCUGGUGGGCGGACUGGCCGCAGAGAAGGUUCGCUGGGCGGAGGCGGUCGCCAAUUUCAUGCAGCAGGGCACGACCCUCCCCGGCGACGUGCUCCUGGUCACGGCCUUCAUCUCGUACGUGGGCUGCUUCACCAAGCAGUACCGCCUGGACCUGGUCAACAAGAUGUGGCUGCCGUUCCAGCGCGUCCUGGAGCCGGCCGUGCCCACGACGGAGGGCCUGGACCCGCUCACGCUGCUCACGGACGACGCGCAGGUGGCGCGCUGGAACAACGAGGGCCUGCCCAGCGACCGCAUGUCCACCGAGAACGCCACCAUCCUGUCCAACUCGGACCGGUGGCCGCUCAUGAUCGACCCGCAGCUGCAGGGCGUCAAGUGGAUCAAGCAGAAGUACGGCGACCUGCUGCAGGUGGUGCGCCUCGGCCAGCGCGGCGCCAUGGAGAACCUGGAGUUGUGCGUCACCCGCGGCGCCACCGUGCUCAUCGAGAACAUCGGCGAGAGCGUGGACCCGGUGCUCGACCCGCUGCUCGGCCGCAACCUCAUCAAGAAGGGCAAGGCCAUCAAGAUGGGCGACAAGGAGGUCGAGUACAACGACGCGUUCCGCCUCAUCCUGCACACCAAGCUGGCCAACCCCCACUACAAGCCCGAGAUGCAGGCGCAGACCACGCUCAUCAACUUCACCGUGACCCGGGACGGCCUCGAGGACCAGCUGCUCGCCGAGGUCGUCAAGGCCGAGCGCCCCGACCUGGAGGAGCUCAAGGCCGACCUCACCAAGCAGCAGAACGACUUCAAGAUCAUGCUGAAGACGCUCGAGGAUGAUCUCCUCUCCAGGUUGUCCUCUGCCGGCGGCAACAUCCUCGGGGACUCGGCGCUCGUCGAGAACCUCGAGACCACCAAGCGCACGGCGGCCGAGAUCGAGCAGAAAGUAGCCGAGGCCAAGAUCACCUCGGCCAAGAUCGACGAGGCCCGCGAGCACUACCGGCCGGCCGCGGCGCGCGCCUCGCUGCUCUACUUCAUCCUCAACGAGCUCAACACCAUCAACCCCAUCUACCAGUUCUCGCUCAAGGCCUUCAGCGUCGUCUUCCAGAACGCCAUCGACAAGGCGGUGCCGUCGGACGUGGUGGAGACGCGCGUGCUCAACCUCAUCGACUGCAUCACGUACUUCGUGUUCAUGUACACGUCCCGGGGGCUGUUCGAGUGCGACAAGCUCAUCUUCGCGUCGCAGAUGACGUUCCAGAUCCUCCUGGCCAGCGAGGAGAUCCAGCCGCCGGAGCUCGACUUCCUGCUCCGGUUCCCCAUUACGCCGCACGUCACCUCCCCCGUCGACUUCCUGUCCAACUCGUCCUGGGGCGGCGUCCGCUCGCUCAGCAGCAAGGACGAGUUCCGUAAUUUUGAUCGGGACAUCGAGACCUCGCCGAAGCGCUGGAAAAAGCUGGUGGAGUCGGAGUGUCCCGAGCGGGAGAAGUUCCCCCAGGAGUGGAAGAACAAGACCCCCCUGCAGAGGCUGUGCAUGAUGCGUGCGCUUCGCCCGGACCGCAUGAUGUACGCCGUCGCCGCGUUCAUUGAGGAGAAGCUGGGCUCCAAGUACGUGGAGGGCCGCGCGGUGGAGUUCGCGCGCUCCUUCGAGGAGACGAGCCCGUCCACCCCCAUCUUCUUCAUCCUGUCGCCCGGAGUGAACCCGCUCAAGGACGUGGAGUCCCUCGGCCGCAAGCUGGGCUACACGCUAAACAACGGCAACUUCCACAACGUGUCGCUGGGCCAGGGGCAAGAGGUGGUCGCCGAGGAGGCCAUGGACAUCGCGGCGGGCAAAGGCCACUGGGUCGUCCUCCAGAACAUCCACCUGGUGAAGAAGUGGCUGCCCGCGCUGGAGAAGAAGCUGGAGGCGUACGCCGAGGGGUCCCACCCCAACUACAGGGUGUUCAUGUCCGCUGAGCCCGCGGCCUCAGCCGCCGCGCACAUCAUCCCCCAAGGCAUCCUGGAGUCCUCCAUCAAGAUCACCAACGAGCCGCCCACCGGGAUGCAGGCGAACCUCCACAAGGCGCUCGACAACUUCACGCAGGAGACGCUCGAGAUGUGCACCAAGGAGGCCGAGUUCAAGGCCAUCCUCUUCUCCCUGUGCUACUUCCACGCAGUGGUGGCCGAGCGCCGCAAGUUUGGACCGCAGGGCUGGAACCGCGUGUACCCGUUCAACGUCGGAGACCUCAACAUCAGCGUGUCGGUGCUGUACAACUACCUGGAGGCCAACAGCAAGGUGCCGUGGGAGGACCUGCGCUACCUGUUUGGCGAGAUCAUGUACGGCGGCCACAUCACUGACGACUGGGACAGGCGGCUGUGCAUCACGUACCUGGAGGAGCUCAUGCAGGCCGACCUGGUCGACGGCGAGCUCAUGCUGGCCCCGAACUUCCCGGCGCCGCCCAACACGGACUACCAGGGCUACCACAACUACAUCGACGAGGCCAUGCCUCCCGAGUCGCCCUAUCUAUACGGCCUCCACCCCAACGCCGAGAUCGGCUUCUUGACGACCACCUCGGAGAAGCUGUUCCGCACCGUGUUCGAGAUGCAGCCUCGUGACGCGGCCGCGGCGGGCGGCGCCACCGUCACGCGGGAGGACAAGGUGAAGCAGCUGAUCGACGAGAUGCUGGAAAAGCUCCCCGAGGAGUUCAACAUGCCGGAGAUCAUGAGCAAGGUCGAGGAGCGCACCCCCUACGUGAUCGUGGCCUUCCAGGAGUGCGAGCGCAUCAACACGCUGACGGGGGAGAUGAAGCGCUCCCUGCGCGAGCUGGACCUCGGCCUCAAGGGUGAGCUCACCAUCACGUCCGACAUGGAGGAGCUGGAGAGCGCCCUGUUCCUGGACCAGGUGCCCGCGACCUGGACUGCGCGCGCCUACCCGUCGCUACUCGGUCUCUCCGCCUGGUUCGCCGACCUGCUGCUGCGGCUGCGCGAGCUCGAGACCUGGGCCACGGACUUUGUCUUGCCCCCUUCGGUGUGGCUGGCGGGUUUCUUCAACCCGCAGUCCUUCCUCACGGCCAUCAUGCAGAGCACGGCCCGCAAGAACGAGCUACCGCUGGACAAGAUGUGCCUCCAGUGCGACGUCACCAAGAAAAACAAGGAGGAAUUCACCAUGGCUCCGAGAGACGGCGCCUACGUCCACGGGCUGCUCAUGGAGGGCGCCCGCUGGGACGUGGCCACGGGCGUCAUCGCCGACUCGCGGCUCAAGGAGCUGUUCCCCUCCAUGCCCGUCAUCAACAUCCGGGCCAUCACCCAGGACAAGCAGGACCCCCGCAACAUGUACGAGUGCCCCGUCUACAAGACGAGGACCCGGGGUCCCACCUACGUGUGGACCUUCAACCUCAAGAGCAAGGACAAGCCGGCGAAGUGGACGCUCGCGGGCGUAGCGCUCCUCUUGCAGAUCUAGAAUCUAAGACAGCUGCCAAUAAAUAUAUUUUUCCUCUUUA